AUGGCCCGUGGUCUUGGCCCCAAGGCGACUGACGCCAACCUCACGCCGCUCGGUCCCCGCAGGCGCUUCGGCACCAAGCCAGACGCUCCUAAGGCUAUCGAGCCUGCUCUGGCAGCUCAUGCUGAGCCAGGAGAGCCAAUCGAGAAGCCAGUCGAGAAGCCAGACGUAGCCAUCCAAGCUCAAGUCAACGGCCGCGAGCUUCCACCUAAGAUCGCUGCACCCAGUCUCGGCUAUCCUGAGUGUAUUGGCGAAGGCAGUCUAACUGUCGAGGCGCCUCACUGCAAGCCGGUCGACAAGCCGGUCAACAAGCCAGUUCCGUCUAGCAAUGGUCAAGCCAAAGGCCCCGGCGUUCCGCCUAAGACAGCUACGACCAAGCUCAACCACCUAGAGCGUGCUGGUGAAGGCACUUCCACGCCCAAGGUUAAGUCAGUUAAUCAGCCUGCUCCGAAACGUUCUGCAGAUGAAGCCUGCCUAGAGAACUACACCACUCCGGCCAAGAAAGCCAAGACUGACUCCAACGUCUCCGAGCAUGAUGAUGAGGGUGCUCCGUCAGUUCAACUUCAUCAUGACAAGUUAGUCGGACAACCUGCUCCAACUCACGCGGAUUCCUCGACCGUUGAAGCCAUGCCCAAGGGCUCCAGGAGCAAAUUCACACCCACUGAUCACGGCCGUGAUUCGACUCCAACUGACAAGGUUCCUCACGACAAGCAGGCCAAUCGCACCGCCCCAGUCACCACUACACCUUCGACCAGUGCAGACACCACCAAGGCUCCUAUCAGUCCGCCUAAGACGGCAGCUGUCACCCCUAAUCCCACUGAGCGUCGCAGUCGUUCCGCUCUAAAGGUCAAGGCGUCUCAUGAUGACGUAGUCGACCAACUUGCUCCAGCCUCUCCAGCAACUGCAAGCAGCGAAACCACCGUCAAGGCCCCUGACAGUCAGCCUAAGCGCGCCGCCACCGGAUCUGAAACCGCAGAGAGUGUAGCAUCGCCUGUACAGGCAGCUACAGAAGCUCGUGAUGAAGCCAUUGCUCGGCGUUCACCUCCUGCUAUCGCUAGAGCCUCCCAGCGCAACCAACCUUCAUUGAGUAACCUCGGGCUGCACCCAGAUCGACUCAAGAUGAUAGAGGGUAGCUCACUGAUGGCCCCGCCACCGACGGAAGCUCGCCGCAAGCGCAAGUCCCCGUACGACUUUCCGCCAGAUGAAGCAUCCCCACGAACUCGUGAUAGCGCCUCCCGGCGCCCGAACCCGUCGCCAAGCAACCUCGGAUUGCACCCAGACCGACUUAAGAUGCUAGAGGAGUGCUCACUAGGACCGAAACCAGUAAUCACACCCGGCAAUGGUCGGACCAAGCGAGCCACGUCCCCUCCACCAGCACAAGUCCACCGCAAGCGCGACUUGCCAUCUGAUUUUCCAUCAGAUGGACCCUCCCCACCAAAGCGCCAUAAGAGUGGCCCAACAGGAUCCGACGCCAAUCUGGUGCCGCUAGGUCCGUCAAAGCUCAAGAGCACAUCAACCCAUCAUGGUAAUCCCGGCAGGCGGGGCCUCUCACCCUAUGAACCCCGACACGGUAAGCACUAUCGUGGCUACGACCCAGUCGUGGAUGAUCGUCGUCGAGGCAGGUUCGAAGAACCGUCACGCCGACAGAGCGAUCAACACCAUGAACCCUUCGGAUCUCGACACGCGAACCACCUUCGUGAGUAUGCCAACCCAGCCAAGGGAAAUGGUCGUCGAGACAGGUUGGACGAGCCAUUUCGACGCCACGACGAUCGAAACCUUUCACCUUACGGAGACCGAUACUGCAAGCACCGUCGCGACUAUAAGUCAACUAUCGACGACCGGAUUCGAUAUAUCCGCGAAGAGGCGCCGCGCCGGCACCGAGAGAGGAACCGGUACUAA